UUAAUUAUAUAGUUGACGAGAAAAUUACCGGUAUUUAUUCCAAGUAAGCGUGGGAUGUUGGCAUUUUUAUAAAAUAAAAAAAAAAUUGAAAAAUUAAAAUGAAAGGGAAAGAAUUUUAAAUGAUGAGGAAUGAAAGAAGGGGGGGAUUUUUUAUAUUUAUUAUUCUUAAUCCCUAAUUUUAUGUCAAUCAUCAUUUUUUAUUAUUAUUAUAAAGGAAGGAAGCCGUUAGGGAUUUGUGGAUUUUGCGAAUGAGAGGGAAUAAUAAAAAGAUAAAAAUUAAUUUUUAUGUACUUUUAUUAUUACUUUUUUGUUGUUUUUUUAAUUAAAUAUUCUUUAGAAAAUAGUCUAAUAUUUGUAAAGCUAGUAUUGUAAGUCUCAAAUAUUUUUUGUAAAGCUACUUUACAAAUUACGCAUUUUCAAAAUUAUGACGAAGAAUAAUUUAAUUAUUGUUAUAAAAUACGAGAGACCAAAAAGAACGAAAAUAUUGGGUUUUUCCCAAUAAUUUCGACGAUCAUCUUUCUGAAACCGAUACCUGAUACCCGGUAUUUCUUCAAUUCCAGUCCGCUAAUAAUUGACACCUUUUAUUAAAUUUAUGUAAGCAACAAGAGAAAAACGAUCUAUCGAAACUCUAAUGGAAUAAAAAUAUUUUUUAUUUUAUUUUGUAUGUGGUUUAUUUUUAUCAAUUUUUGAGGGUGCAAAUGUUUAGGAACAUGCCCAAGAAAAAAAAUAUUGCAGCACUUAAAAAAGAAACUGUUGUUGUUCAAGAAAAAAUAGAGCCAAUAAUUAAUGAAGAUAGAUACGAAUAUACUGAUGAAAUAGACAAUACUUUGUUGGAAGGAUUUGUUUGUUUGCCUGAUCACAGAACUGUGCCUAAUGCACCAAUACCUGGAGUAUUGGUUUGCCAUGCUUUUGGAGGUAUUGGGAAUUUGGAGGAAGAAAAAUGUCGAGAACUUGCUAAAGCUGGAUAUAUUGCUUUUGCCGCUGAUUUGUAUGGAAAAGGUAAACGAGGGCAAACCUUCGAAGAAAAUAUGGCCCUUCUAAAACCAUUUCGUGAGGAUAGGACAAAUUUAUUAAGACGACGACUUUUUCUUGGAUUACAAUGUUUAAGAGAUCAGAUGGCUGUUGAUAAAGAGAAAAUUGCGGUAAUUGGAUUUUGUUUUGGUGGUCUUUGUGCAUUAGAUUUGGCUAGAGUAAAUGUUGGAAUUAAAAUAGCUGUUAGUUUUCAUGGAACUUUUACGCCACUUCCUGAUCAACCUGAUCCAGAAAAAGAAAAACCUAUUGAAGCUAGUGUUUUAAUAUGUCAUGGGGAUGCUGACACUCACAUUCCACAUGAACAAUGUAUGAAUAUUAUGGCAGAAAUGCGGGCAAGAAAAGCGGAUUGGCAAUUUAUUAGUUAUGGAAAUGCUAAACAUGGAUUUACUGAUAAAGAAUUAGAGAAUUCUACACGUGAAGGUGUUGGUUACAACGAACAAGCAGAUAAACGUUCAUGGAUGGCAAUGUUGGCAUUAUUUAAAGAAAAGUUUGGAAAUACUUUAAUUACAUUUUAG